AUGUCGAGUAGUUCUGAUGAAGAUGAUAUAAUUGACUACUAUCAGUACCGUAGGCAACGAAAAUUAGUACGAAGGGAAUAUUGGACCCAUCCAUAUAUAGAGAAAAAUAUGAAAUGCAGGCUGUUUAUAGCAGCAGAACAACUGAAUCAAACUGAUACCAAGUUUAUAGCGUUCUACAGAAUGUCAAAAGAUUCAUACCGGGAAUUGUUAAAGUUGGUUACUCCUAAUAUACAUAAAAUGAACACAAAUAUGAGAGAAUGUGUGUCUGCCGAAGAAAGAAUAUUGAUAACUCUGAGAUACUUGGCUACAGGAUGUACAUUUGUGUCUCUUUCAUUAUACUUUGCAAGAGGGGAAACUACAGUUGGAACUAUAGUGCACGAAACAACUAAAAUAAUCUGGGACACGUUAAAUGAAAUAUAUAUGCCGGUACCAACUAGAGAGCAUUGGAAAUUGAUAGCCGAUCGUUUUGAGUCAAUUUGGAAUCUCCCAAACUGCAUUGGAGCUCUGGACGGGAAGCAUGUACGAAUAGAGAAAUUUCCCAACACAGGUUCACAAAAUUAUAACUAUAAAUCAUACCAUUCUGUCGUUUUAAUGGCAUGCUGCGAUGCAGAUGGAUUAUUCACGAUGAUAGAAUCGGGAUACGCGGGAAGAAACAGUGAUGGAGGCAUUUUUAAAGUUAGUGCAAUGAAGUAUUGGAUUACCCACGGAGGUUUCGACAUCCCUUCACCUUCUCCGUUAACAUAUGAUGAGACAAAUAGUCCAUUUCCAUACUACUUUGCAGCUGAUGAAGCAUUCCCGUUAUCGCAGUAUUUAUUGAGGCCUUAUUCCAAAAGGACAUUAGACAAUGUUAAAAGAAUAUUCAACUAUAGGUUAAGCCGUGGACGGAAAACUAUUGAAUGCGCCUUUGGCAUGGCGGCAGAAAAGUUUCAAGUACUAAAUGGUCCCAUACGAUGUCGAAAAGUAGAAUCAGUGAAUGACAUUAUUAAAGCGGUUUGCAUUCUACACAAUUAUGUACGUAAACGAGAGGGUAUCGUCUAUAGACCCACAGACACGCAAGAAAAUCAUGAAAUAGCCGCAGUAGGUAUAGACACAAUAAUACCAAGUCAGGUAACAAUAAAUGAAAGAUCUUCAGCGAAUACGAUUAGAAAUUAUUUAUCUAAUUAUUUUCUUUCUCCUCUUGCAUCUCUACCAUGGCAAUGGAAAUACACUGUACCAGAAAUAAGAAAUACGAUACGAUAUGAUACGACAACAUGA